AUGUUGACUCCACCGAUGACGACGAUUAAUCAAUACAGUUCGGAAACCGAUGAUGUUUUCAUACAUGAAUCAUUAAGCCAGUCGCCUUCAGAUGGUUUCGUUGGAUUUCCGCCUCCUCCUCCGCCACCUGCCCCACCUGUAUUUAUCAAUACGAUGGCAAACAAUUGUCAAACACUACUUCCACAGCAAGAAGUUCAGCUUGUUGUGAAUCCAGCGAAUGUUACCGAAAUUCAAGCACGAUCAAUACCAUCUAUGCUCAUAUCGACCAAUAAUAUUUGGACGCGACGCACUUUACCGAAUCUUCGUAUCAAACAAACUGUAUUCGAUCAGCAUUUUGGUGACACGAAAUCGCCUAUGACUGCCCGUUCUCGACGAGCGAGUGUAUCUACAAGUUCAUUAGGAGGAGGAGGAGGAGGAGGAGGAGGACUAUCAGGUGGUAUAAAUGAUGAUGGACCAUUAGCAUUUGUUUUGCUUGAUGCAACAUCGAAGAUGCUCUACGAUGUACCCAUGCGACACUUACUUCAAUUAGUCAAAAAAGACUACGACGACGAUGCCAGUAUCGAUCAUGUUAUUCAAGCCAUUGAUGAAACACGUAUGAAAUCCGAAUGGCUUGAUGCUGUAACAGCUUUGAAUAAACAAUUCGAUAAACGACCAGAGGAUAAAGCUCGGGUUUUGGCGCACAAAGGCUCAACGCAUGGUUUAGUUCUAAUCGAACAAUUCUUUGUUAAGCUCGUCCGCGUACCAGCCUAUGAAUUCAAGUUAAUCUAUUUGAAAUUUCGUGAAGAAGCGCCAACACAACUCGAACGUAUGGGUAAACAUAUUCAUGAUCUUCUGGAAAGCAUCCAAACGAUCUUAACGAACGAACAGCUACCAGGUAUACUUCAUCUACUCUGCCUCUUGUACAACAGCAUUACUGGUAAAACUGUUCCUGGUCUUCAUUUCGAUUCACUUCUGUCCGUUUUGUCAACACGAACUUUGAAACAGAAUACAACAAUUGCGCAUUUACUCUGUCAAACUAUGGAAGAACAAUAUCCGACAUUGUUGGAUAUCUUUGAGAAUCAAAUCUUAUUGAAACUGAAAGAUCUUUCUGCAUUGAAAUACGUUCCAAUUUACUUAGAUAUUCGUCUGCUAUACAACCGAUACAAACAACUGAACUCAUCAUUGAAUCAAUGCGAAAGAGAAUUAGUUUUCCUACCUGAACAUAUCAAGACAACAUUGAAUGAUUUGCAAGUUCAAUUCACGAAAUUAUUUGAUGAUGAAAAUCAAGUAAAAAAAGGUGAAAAAGACUUGACAACGUACUUCUGCUUACGUGAUUUACCUCUGGAAACUUGUCUAUCGACGUUGGGACAAUGCAUUGAUAAGCUUCGUCUAUCGCAUAUGCAAAAUCUUGAGCAGCGUCGUCGAAAUCAAUUGUUAACCAAACAACGAACUCUUCACACGCCAUCACGUUCGUUGCGAAACAUUCACGAAUCAUGUUCAUCGGACACGAAUAUCUUUCGUGAUCAUCUGAACGUGCCGUUAACACCAAUCGCAUCUCGACAACGUUAUAAAGUCAAUCGAAUAGCACGAGAUCGAUUUUCAUCAUCACGGGACGUAGAUUAUGAUGAACAGCCAGUUCAAAAUUUACUACCGAAUGCAACGCCGAAAAAACGCGGAUGUUCGCCAACACCGAAAACUGUUCUCACCAAACGACCAUUCAAUGUUCUUAAACCUUGCACUACAACUAAACUUCAAGAAGAAACCAGUGGCGUUUUGAUUUCAUCGGCGUCAGAAAACGAACUCGAAGAUACGAACAUGGAUUGUUCGAUGACUGAAUCAACAAACUUGCCAACACCUACAUCAGUGUCAGCAUGCGAAAAUCAAUUAUCAGGCUAUGUAACAACGCCAAUUCGUCAUGACUCAAUGAACCCAAUUAAAUAUGAUCAACGAGAAUCGAUUGAAAAUAAAGAAAAUGAUUCAGCAACCGAGUUAACACAUUGGUACACGAAUAUAUUUCAUCAACUCUGGCGAUCAACAUUUAUUAAUCCAAACGUUCAAAUCCGUACGGAAUCGCGAUUAUCAAUAACUCUAUCUGAACCCGAUUCUUUGGAUGAGAAUUCUGAAGCGCACACCUACGUGAAUGGAAUCGAUAGAUCGACUGUUCAACCCGUUCUACUGAAUAAUCAGCAGAUGACAAAAGCUUCACCAAAACGUACGUCUGUAUUGAGGAAUCCUCGGUCAACUUCGACACAUAAUGUGCCUACUCGAAAUAUCCUGCGCUGCCCGGUAUCACGACGAUUUUCAACGGAAAAUCCCUCAGAAUUGAAUUCUUCACCGAUGAUUCUAUCUACAAUUAUAAAUCGUCGUUUGUCAUCGAGCAAGUCGCAAAAGCCGAAUUCUGGAAUUUCUUCCGGGCCAAAAUCAUCGUCAACGAUUCAACCCCUUCGUGCCGUUCAUAUGUCUACAGUUACUACUCAUGAGUCACCAAAAAUCAUGAAGAGACCUGCUGAUAAAGGUCAUUCUCAGACUAUAACAAUGUCGAAAUUUUCUACAAAUAGAACAACAUCGAGUUGUGUUGUUCCGUCAUUUUCGCUAAUUUAA